AUGCGGUCAUCGACUGCAGGUGACUACAAAGUUGAUUUUGAUUUUUCACCAGCAGCUGUGGCAAGGCUAUUGCAGAGCCAUAGAACACCAGCAGAUGAGUCUCCUGACUCCAAAUGUCCCAUAUGCCUGGAAAAUUUUGAUAAUGUCUCCCACCUAAACCCAUGUUUUCAUAAAUUUUGCUUCAAGUGCAUCAAGGAAUGGGCAAUAAUCAAAGCUGUGUGCCCCCUAUGCAAACGGCCAUUUAAUUCGAUAUUUCAUAGUGUGGAAGCAGAAGAUAAUUUCAAAGAGUAUGUUUUGAGGCCCACAUUAAGUGACUCUGCUGUGGUUCCUAGAUUUCGGUUUACACUUCAAGAUAAUGGUAUUCCUCGGCCCACAUUAAGUGACUCUGCUGUGGUUCCUAGAUUUCGGUUUACACUUCAAGAUAAUGGUAUUCCUUCUGAAGGAAAUACAAAUCCGUCAUCCAUUCAAAUCGAUAUACAUCAAAUGAUGCAACAGCUGGAAUCCAGACUACAAGCCAGUGAGGAAGUCCGGGCAAUGAGACAAAUUCAAGAGCAGGAACUCAUCAACUUUGCCCGCUAUCCUUUCAAUAUGGAAGCUUAUGACCAGCAUGCCAACUAUGAUUGUCCUGCUCCUUCUUAUGAAGAAGGAAGACGAUCAGAGUCCUCUAUUAUAUCUCCAGAUGAAGCGAAUUCGGAACCAGAGGUGCCCUCAUCUUCUCUUGCAGUUGGGCAAGCUCCCUGGGACGAUGAAACCCCAGGCCCUUCUUACAUCACACUGCAACAGGCAACUUCAAAUGUUUUAACAGCUGUAGACUCAGAUGAAGAACCUGCUAGCAGUAGGCUAACCCCCAAGGACUUAAAAGAUAAUUUAAAUGAAGGCAUUCAGGACCAGGGCCUUCUCUCAGAUGAGUGUGUCAUAGUGGGUUAUCUUAAACCACUGGCUGAAAGAACCCCAGAACAUGUUGAGCUGUCGUCUGACUCAGAAGGUUCCCGUUGUGAGGUGGCUGUUGAGCAAACUAAUAAGCCUCAACUUAAGCCAUUCACUUUAUGUCAUAGCACUGAGUCAAGGAGGGAAAAAAGGAGUAGAGACAGGAGCUUGUUGUGGCAAUGCCAGACUGUGCCACUGACAAGUGAAAGCUCCAGAGAAAGAUGUGGAUCCAGCAUAGAGAGAAGCAGAAACCGUAGCAGAGGGAGAUCAUGGUGCCGUGAUAAUGUCAAUUCUUUUCCUGCAGACAACUAUCCGAGCAUGUAUCAAAGGAAAUAUAACUAUUACAGUCGAAACCAGGACACGGCUGGAUAUGAGCAAUACUAUAGUAGAGGUCAUUACUCUGGAUGCUCUGCCAGCCCAGAAUAUAAGCUGCAGCAUUACUCUGAAAGGAAAGAUCCAAGAAGGCACAAUGGUGUUACUGCUGACAAGCCACAUCAUCGAUAUCAAUCAAAAAGUCAUUCAAGCAGCCGCAUUAACACAACUGGCUCACAGCACAGUCAGCCUGGCAAACCUGGUGGUAAGAGAAAGUACAAAACUCAUCAUCUGGAGACUCAUGGGAAAAAAAGAAAGCAGUCAUAAAGUAGAAGUUGGCAGUGAGAAAGAGACUGGCAUGACCUCCACAGAGAGAGACUCAGAUGGGUACAAGAAUGACCUAAUUGACAUGUCUUCAAUUUGCCGAUAUGAUUAAUGGUGCUUUGGAAAUAUGACUGCACCUUGUGCCAACACUUUUAACUUUUUUUUUCUUGCUGAACUAAUUAAUUUAAGGUUAAGUUUAU